UCCAAAAUGGCGACAUUUGCGUAGCGACACCGCUGCUAGCAGAGAGGGGACCGUUGGAGAGAAACGGGUACAGGCUCCAUUCUGAUUUCUUGGCGUGUAUUGCUGGAUGUGAAGACCCAGGACGAUUUAGUAAUUUAGUAACUAGCUAACUAACCUGUCUACUAAUUACUUGACCGUGUAAGUGUGGCGUAUUUAGUCAGCCUCCUCGCACUAAUCCGUGUUAGCCCCGUUAGCUUGUGACGCUAGAAUGCAGCCGAUUCGGCGUCUACGCGUACAAUCACUGGCCACUUUAUUAGGUACACCUGCAAACCGGUUUUUAAUAUAAAAUGGCUAAAUUUGACAAUGCGGGAAAAAUCAGUUGCUCUUAGUUUUAACAGUUUGAGAGGACAGAGAUAUAUUUGAUUACAUUUCGAUGACUUAUUGAGUUAUAGCUAUGUUAUUACACUUUGACCAGGCAAAAAAAUAAAUAAAUUAUAUAUAUAUACAUAUAUAGUUGUCACGUUUGUCAGAAGUGUAAUGCUGCCACACCAGCAAAAUAGAAACCGAUCAGUAUCAUAACAUGAAAAGUUAUUAGUUUAAACAAUAAACGUUUCAUGUUAUAGCUGGAGAUGGCUCAGUGUCACUUUUUUUUCGUCCGAUACUGAUGCCAAACCAGGAAUAUCGACCACUAUCAGUCCGAUACUUGUUGACAACAUAUUCACCACCUACACCCAUUUCAAGCAAUUUCAAAGACAAGAAUAAUUCUCAUCUCGUCCCUUGUGAAGCAGAAAUAAACAGCCCACAAAAUGACUCGGCUAAAAUGAUCUGUCGCUGAUCUUUAUCUCUAUAAUAUACAAUGGUUUAUUGUUAGAACAAUAUACAGGUCUCUUUCUAACAGUAUAGUACAUACUGUAUAUUUGAGAUGAAUAGGUCCUUGGCAGAAGUGGAUCCCUGACCUGUUGCCAUAUGUUGUCAUCCCGAUCAUUGAGAUUUGACACCAUCACCGGCUGUUCAGACUACUUUCAUCCACAAUGUUUAAUAACAGCAGAAUCUCUCCUCAUCUCAACCUGAGCUUCAGCGACAAUCAUUUCAGAGCUCACACCUGCUGAGGAGAAUUUUGGAUUUGGAGGACAUCGACUGAUGAAGAAAUGAAAUGAAUUCUUCUGAAGAGUUGAAACAGGAGGACAAAGAAGAAAGCAGACCCCAUCAGUGUCAGAGCUGUGGGAAACGUUUCCGCCGGAUUUGCAGUCUGAGAAGACACGAAAUCACCCACGACGCAGAGAAACUCCAUCACUGCGAGCUGUGUGGCAGCACUUUCCGCCAACUGAGCGCGUACAAUCUCCACCUGUAUACUCACCCGGAAGAGACAGCGUACCGCUGUGACCAGUGCGGGGAGGAUUUCAGCGAGCAGAGCUCCUACAGAAAACACCUGCGUGACCACAAUGGACCGUACCAGUGUGUCCAGUGUGAAAAGACUUUCACGUACUUCAGUAUAUACAAGAUACACAUGCGCGUCCACACCAAAGAGAAGCCAUACUGCUGUGACCAGUGUCCAAAGAGUUUCAGUUUCUUAAGUUCAUACAAGCGACACUUGCUAAGUCACAGUGGAGAGAAACCCUACCAGUGUGACUUCUGUGGGAAAGGUUUCACCCAGUCGGGACAUUUUAACCUGCACCUGCGCAACCACACAGGCGAGAAACCCUACGAGUGCGAGCAAUGUCAGAAAACUUUCAACGACGUCAGUAGUUACAAAAUACACCUGCGCGUCCACACCGGAGAGAAGCCAUACUGCUGUGACCAGUGUGGGAGGAGCUUCUCCCAGCUCGGGAACUACAAGUCACAUCUGCGCAUCCACACAGGAGAGAAACCGUUCCAGUGCGAGUUAUGUGACAAGAGUUUCUCCAUCUCAAAGACAUACAAACUCCACGUGCGCACGCACACCGGAGAGAAACCGUACAAGUGUGAAGAAUGUGGCAAAUGCUUUGGUCGCCCCAGCAACCACAUGCGCCACGUUCGUAUCCACAGCGGGGAGCAGCCGUACACAUGUGACCAGUGUGGGAAAUGCUUCAACAGCUCUUUCAGUUAUGGCCGCCACAAGCGCGUCCACACCGGAGAGAAGCCUUACUGGUGUUCACAGUGCAAGAGGCUGUUCACACGUUCACACACGCUGAAGAAACACCGCUGCGUCGGACUCGAUGAAGACCGUUCAACAGUGACCACCAGAGAGGAGCAGACGAGGACCUGCUCGACAAUGGCACCAACCAUUGACAACCAACAACAGCCAAUCAUAUGAAGUACAUGUCUGUGUGGUAUUGGAACAACAUGGUGCCCAUGAGUGUGUGACUCGGGCUGCAUUUGUCUGUCCUAACCCUGCUGAGGGGCCAUCCACACGGACACUGCGUUUUAGGAGAGACCUGAAACCACCUGGGGGUGCUGGCCUUGCGUUUCCGUGGAGACAGUGAAUACGCUACUUAACGUCAUGUUCCCACGCCUCUCUUGUGCUGUCAUUCAUCGUCCUGUAUUUUGGAGAUUGGAUAUCGGAAAGUAUUUAGGUUUAU